AUGGGGGCAAAGCAGAGCGGCCCCACCGCUGGUCCAGCUGCGAACGGCCGCACCAGAGCCUACUCCGGCUCGGACCUGCCCUCCAGCACCUCCAGCAGCAACGGCAGUAACGUGGGCAGGUCUGCCGCCGGGGGAGUGAGGUACCACGGAGCCUCGGGAGCCACGUCCGGCACCAGCCAGCACAUCGGGGCCAGGGCCAGGACCAGGACCGCAGGGGGUUCCGGGACCAGACCUCGGUCAGGGAUCAACAUUCCCAACAGCAGAGGAGCGUACAGCUCCCCGGAGUCCGAGGGCAGCAGCCCGGAGGAGGCAGCGGACAUGGGGCACUCCCGCAGAGAGCACGACGGUCCCCGGCUGCUGAUCGGGUCAUUACCGGCUCACCUCUCGCCCAAUCUCUUUGGAGGCUUCAAGUGCCCUGUGUGCUCCAAGUUCGUGUCCUCGGAUGAGAUGGAUCUUCACCUGGUUUUGUGUCUAACCAAACCCAGAGUGACGUACAACGAGGACGUCCUCACUAAGGAUGCAGGAGAAUGUGCGAUCUGCCUGGAGGAGCUGGUGCAGGGAGACACCAUCGCUCGCCUGCCCUGCCUCUGCAUCUACCACAAAGGAUGUAUCGACGAGUGGUUUAAAGUGAACAGAUCGUGUCCGGAGCAUCCGUCAGAUUGAAGCUUUUUUUGCACAGGUUCCCCACAAUGAAGGAUCUACUAGAUUAAGAGUGGAUCCUGGGAGACUGCCGGAACUGUGACCACUGUGAUCAGUUAACCACCCCCACCCUAAAAAAUAAUGUAGUACCAUGGUGUGCCAAAUCUCAUUGAAACAAUCUUCAGGGAUACAGACUUUCUGUUUAUAUUGGAGUUGCACAUCCACACUCCACAGGGUCAGACUGGACCAGCCGCUCCUCAACUCGCAUCUUCUGCAGCCCUGGCGGUCACAGCCACACAGGGCGCCAUGACAGGCACGGCUCUUCUCCCUGGACCGCCAUUGGACGGCAGGUGUGUGUAUUUUCUACACCGGGACACUGGAGGAGAAGGACACGGUCCUGCACCCGGGGCGGGGUGGAGGGGGGGUGUCAGGACGAUGAUGAAUUAUCCUUCCCCCCUCCGACUCUGUCCCUCCCCUCCUCCCUCUGCAUCAGUGUCUACCAGUGCCUUGUGGUAGUGAAGCCCAGCCGCAGAGGAAUCCACACUGUCAGCAGAGCCUGGACCUGCAAGAGCAUCUCACCUCAACUAGCACUCUACCAGUUCAGAACUGAGCCAGAGACAGGACGGCAGCGGACCACUGUCUGCACCAGCAGCACGGACGAUAUUAGAACUAGAGCUGCUGUGAAAACGGUGCCAACACACACACACACACACACGCACACACAGACACACACACACACACACACACACACACUCUCUAACAAUCAUCAGUGCUCUUGUGAAGGUCUGACUGUGUUGCUGCAGCUGUGACAAAAAAAAAGCAGAGUCUCUCAAUAUCAUCAGAUUUAACUAGAACCUCUUCACCUUAUAACGGGAUAUUUUUCAUGUUGCAAUAAAAUUCAACCUCUUUUGCUAGAGAUUUGAUGAGAUAUGGUUUAAGAAAAGUUGACAUUUCGAAAUGUUAAAAGUUUCUUGCUAUAUACAUUUUCUGUUUGAUGUUAAUACACAUGUCAGAACAACAGUCAGAGAGAAGAAGCUUGAGUCACUGUUGCUGUGUCUUGUUCAACAGUGACUUCAAGGAAUAACAAGCCUCAGUUGUUUUAACUUUCAAUCUGUCAAAACAUAUCUGUCAUUUGACAGGAUUGUAUUAAUGGCAUUGAUUAUACCACUUGAUCAUCUUUUUAGCAGGUGAAGAUACACGUAAAGAAAAAAAUGUGUUUUGAAUUUCACAUUUACUGCAUCUUCAUUUUUUGUAUCAAGCAGAUUACAGACAUCAACUCUCAAACACCCAAAUAUCAGGUGCUGAGAAUUGGAACAAAUCGAACACUGUAAUAAGAAUGAUUGGUUGGAUGAUUUAACAAGGGGUCGAAUGAAUUGACGAUAUGACAGGACACACAAUAAAAGACAGAUAUUGGAACAUAAUAUAUAAAUCACUUUUUUAAGAAAUUCCACUUCACUGGCAGUGCUUGGUUUGUGUUAAUUCUUUGCACCUGCCUGUACGUGGUUGGAGAUAAUCCGAGUCUGCACACUGAUAAAGAUUCAGCAUAACAAACAUAAUUUAACAAAUGUGGACUUCAAGACAUUGUUUUCCAGGUAUUUCUGGGAUAUAAUUUUACCGAGAGUUGACAGUAGAGAGAGAGAAAGUACGUGAAGGGUUGUCACCUCAAGCCUUACGCCAUCAGGGCAACAAUAUUUACCUUCAGUGAGUGAAGAUUCUGCUGGUUUGAAGACCUCAGGAGGGGGAACAGUGUACAGACUUUUGAUCUCAUGAGAAACUAUCCCAGUGGAUUUCUGUGACACAGAGGACGACCUCCUCAGUGGAAUCACUGGGUGGACCCCAAAGCUCCAGACCUGUCUUUGAAUGUGUGAUCCUUUGCCUCCACACCCUGCUUCUUUUUUUUUACAUGACUCAGAGUCUAGUGCUCGUCCCAUCACCCUGCAGAUCAUUUUUUUUAUACUAUAUUUUUUUAUAAUUUAAAAAAAGCCGCUUCAUUGUUUCCUUAAUAGCAGCUUGAAAGCAAUCUGCUUCAUGUGGAGCUUCUUAAUGAGUUCAUGAUGAUGUUUUCAUUGAAAAAUGUUAGGGGACAUUUCACCGCUGGUUAACUAUGUCCUCCAGCGCUUGUUUCUUAUCCCCUCAUUCCAGGUACUAGAAGCAUGGCAGUGUGAGAGGGGACAAGGAAAGCCAAACCAACAUUCAUGAAUCACUGCCAUUUCUGGGAUGCUACAAUUCUGUGCACGUCCGUGUCCAGCCAACCAGAUGCAUGCGUCCAGGUUCCUCUUCCAACUGGUCAACAGCUACAGAGCAGCUUAUUUUCCAGGUCAUUCCCCUUGAACCAGAGUGGAGGAAGUAAUCAGCCGCUAAAUCCCCAAUCCACAUCUCUACUGUCUGUCCCACAGUAACCUGGGCUCAGUUACACCCACUCACAACAUGCAUCCUCUAGCUCUGAGUAUACAAAGAAACUUGUAAACUAACUUACAUAUGUGAAGACCAGUCGACUCGGUUAAUUGUCAACCCAAUUAAAAUACAAAACUGUGACUGGAGUAUUUAAUCCCAGUCAUAUUGUAGUAAAGCUUUUAUUUGAAUAUGAAAUAUAAAUAUUUGCUGUGCCUGGCUGCCUCAAGCUGUGGGUUUCUUAUGUCUUUAGAAAAAAAAGGCGUUGCUUCAAGCACUGCUCUGUUUUCUGUGAGAAACUGACAUCACUGUGUAAUCUGGAAUCAGUGGCGUGCUGCCAGGGCCAGCAAGUCCAGCACUGCGUGACCCUAUGGAGCUAAAACCAGACAUCAAGUAGAACGAAAGCGAAGUGGGAGAUACCUGUCCUCACAUCUGAUCUCAGGACAGCGUCUGUCCUGUUUGCUUCUACAGAUUCAUCAUGUAGUGUACUGCCCUCUUGUGGUGGCUCCAGUCUAUUGUCUCUUAAAACAAGUUUGACUUUCAUUAAUCGGCAUCCUCUUAGAAGUCUGUGUCUAGUGUGUUGUCGAGCUGCCUUUUACUCAGCUUGCUUUGUUCUCAGAUCAGUUAUAGUACACACGUUAUCAUACAAUCGUGCAGAUGUGUGUGAAAACUGGAUUUGCACAUUAGAAAAUUACACCCAACAUUUUAUUAUUUUUUGCAAAAUAUUAAGAGGCAGCAGCAGAUAAUCUAACAAAUUACACUUUGAUUAUCUCAGAUUCGUUAACUGUUUUACUUUGGUCAACGUGUGACUGUGAGGAUUCAUGAACAGUGAGGUGUGUUUUGUUGUUGCAGCUUUUAUUAACUCAUUUCACACAGGUCUGUUCCUCCAGGGGCCCUGAGCAGGAUACGUUAGGAGGCCCUGCAUCAUAGUGAUUGAUGCUUCAGAGAGCAGAGAGGAUCUUUUCUUUAAGUUUGACACUAGUUGUUUUACAAUCACCAUAUUAUAUUUUAUGUUAUUUAAAACAGGAGAACGUGACAGCCAUUAUUCUAUGAGUUUGACUGAAAGGGAAGGAUAAAAAAAACUUUAUUCAAUUAUCGUUUUCAUUAUAACCUUAUAAACCAUAUAUCAACGAAUGUCCCCCUGUUUCAUCAAAAAGACACACAAUCACUUAAACUGAAUUUGUUAUAUGUAUCGUUAUUUAUAUUACUGGCUUUAUUUUUCAUUAGUCAGAAAAAAACGCAAACUGAAAAAAUAAUCACAGUAUAAGAAGAAAUAAAGGCUAUUCAGUGCCAGUUUGAGGAAAUAAAAGUCAUACUUCUUCUUUCAGCACAGGAAGAACCGGCAGUCCAGCAUCAUGAGGGAGGAGAGUUUUAUCUCAGGUUGUUUAGAGGUUUGUUGUGGUAGUUUCAGUUUUCCUUGGCAGUGCAGUAAACAGCUCAUUGAGUUGGUUGUUAGGUUUGUGGGCCAGACUUUGGUUGAGGAGAGCAUUUAUUUCAGUUCCCUCUGUAAAUUACCACACAACAAUGGAUUCAAAAAUACCACAUUUAUAUAUAUAUGAACAUGAAAGUUUUUAGCUUCUGUUAUAAUUCCUUCUGUUUCAACUGGCCAUUCAAUGGUCAUCUUGUAGUUUAUCUAGAAUGAAUAUGUCUAAUUCAGAAUGCCUCAGAUUUAAUAUUUGUAAACGUUCAUGCGUCACACUGGAAUGAUCGUAAUUACUGGUUUCUGACUGCACACCAUUAGCAUCAACAUGCAAGUUAUAAGUCGCUGAAGAUCCUCUCUCAUACAUCUGACCUGGCACCGAACAGUACAGAAGAGUCUGAGAUUCAGUAUCCACUCAAAUGGUAUGGAAAAUAUUGUUUAAAACUUGUCAGUGCUGCAACACAGUCAAACAACAUCUUUAUUCGUCAGACUGCCCAAGUGUUAUGGGAAGUGUAGUAUCCAGGGUGACUGGGACUGGAAGGACCAUUUCUUUUUCACCAUUCUUUUUCCUGUGUGUUUUGUGGUAGUGCUAUCCUAACUUACUGGAGUAUCCCUUUAAAGAACUACAUCCUGUACAUAUUAAUACUUCCAAAAAAAUGUCAUCUUUAUUGUACGUGUCUUGACUUGGAAUCAAACAGAAGGAACCUACUGGGUGACUGGAGAAAACAAAGGAGGAAAGUGUUGAGUUUGGAGUUUUGGGAUCCACCCUCAUGAUUAAUGCUCCGUCACAUCACAUGCAAAGAUUAGCUGAGCCCUGUAAUACCCUGUCGACAGAGUCAUGUAGUGUUAAUGGAGCUGGAAGCAGCAAGGACAGGUCACAGGGCUCGUACUGGACCUUCAUCAUCAUCAUCAUCAUAUUCCGAUUAAGAAUGUCGGAGGAAAAGUGAGACAGAUCUGGCCUUAAUAGAAAUACUGACGUUAAUUUGUCUGUGCUCAUAUUUUUGGUAUCGACUUGAACUUUCCGCCUGAACUAGCACACUGAGUCAUCCCUCAUCCAAAGUGCAGGGACUGAACCCUUUAGCUGAAGAUUCAAAUAAAGAGUUACAGAGGACAAGGCCAGUGUUAAAUUCAACAAGCCAUCAGAUUAACUUCUAUGGUGUUAGAUUUCUUUUUUUUUUUAUGACGAUGUUGGUGUUUGUGAGAUGGCAGUGAGUUGAAACAAACAGUGAACUGGCUGAAGUAUCGUUAAGGAUUGUAAAGGUGGUGUUUCCGGUCUUUGACCUGUACUGGGAGAACAGUGUAUCGAGUUGAAGCACUGUCCUAAAACAAGCCUCGUAUGGGAAACUAUAGAAUCGGUCGAGCACUUUUUAGCUUGUAAUUUAUUUGUUUGCCAGUUCUGAGCCCCAACAAGCAUUACCUUGUAUAACAGAGAAUGUGUGAUGUUCAACACUUAACAAACACACAAUCACAACAUAAAAUGUAUUCAAAUAUUUAUUUUGUGUAAAACUAUGUACAAAAAGCAAUGAAGAGUAUCAUUUGUAUACCAAUAAUUCUGUUUUAGUUACUGCAUUUUUAUCUCAUGUUACUUUGUGUUUGAAUCUAAUCAGAAUUUUUUCAGUAAAAAGUUGAAUCAG